AUGGGCGAAAGUGUUUCGGCUGUGAUCCAACGAAAGUUGCCCCCAAAGCGGAAGGAUCCGGGAAUGUUCACCAUUCCAUGCAACAUUGGUGGAACAAACAUGGAUAAAGUAAUGAUGGACUUGGGAACUUCCAUAAAUGUGAUGCCACUGGCCGUUUAUAAAAGGUUGAACAUCGGAGCAUUAAGGAAUACCCGUGUGGUCAUACAGUUGGCCGACAGAUCCAACGCCUAUCCUGAAGGUGUAGUAGAGGACGUACUGAUUAAAGUGGGGGAUUUGAUCUUUCCCGCCGACUUUUAUGUCCUGGAUACCGGUCCUAAAGCUGGAGAGAAUGCUAUAUUAUUGGGAAGGCCGUUCAUGAUGACCGCUGGAACCAAAAUUGAUAUGAAGACUGGAGUUUUAACAUGUGAGUUCGAUGGAGUUCAGGAAGAGUUCAACAUGUAUGAAACUGUGAAGAUGAAGCAAGAAGUGGAAACCAUGGACAUUGUUUACCUCAUUUCUGGACGCGUUUUGUGA